AUGGGAAAACUGUCUUAUUAUGACCAUGCGCAAAAGAUGCGUUCAAAGAUCUAUCAGUUUCUUUGGAGUGAAGAUCUUCAUUGCACAAAUGUUUGCAUUACAGCAGUCACUAUUUUCUCAGACAAAUUGACGGCAAUCAACUUAGGUGUAAUCACAAAGAGAAUGACAGCCAUUGAAGAAAUGGCUGGGAUGGAUGUGCUCUGCAGUGAUAAAACAGGAACUUUAACUCUCAACAAGUUAACAGUGGACAAGAAUCUGAUAGAGGUGUUUGCUAAAGAUGUUGAAAAAGACUCGGUUGUAUUGAUGGCUGCAAGAGCUUCAAGGUUGGAAAAUCAAGAUGCCAUGGAUGCAGCAAUUGUUGCAAUGCUGGCUGAUUCUAAGGAGGCACGAGCCGGAAUUACAGAAGUUCACUUCCUUCCUUUCAAUCCAACUGAUAAGAGGACAGCACUUACAUACCUAGACAAAGCUGGUAAAAUGCACAGAGUGAGCAAAGGUGCACCAGAGAAGAUACUCAAUUUGGCAUGGAACAAAUCAGAUAUUGAAAAGAGGGCACACACAGUAAUUGACAAAUUUGCAGAACGUGGUCUUCGAUCCCUUGCUGUUGCACGGCAGGAAGUACCUGCUGGAACCAAAGACAGUCCUAGUGGACCUUGGGAGUUUGUUGGUCUUCUACCUUUGUUUGAUCCACCACGUCACGACAGUGCUGAAACUAUUAGAAGAGCUCUAGAUCUUGGUGUGAGUGUUAAGAUGAUUACAUGCGAUCAACUAGCAAUUGCUAAAGAGACAGGGAGAUGCCUUGGGAUGGGAUCAAACAUGUAUCCAUCAUCUUCAUUGCUUGGUGAAAAUAAGAAUGGAUUAGAUGCAAGUCUACAAAUUGAUGAACUCAUUGAGAAUGAUGAUGGUUUUGCUGGUAUCUUUCCAGAGCAUAAAUAUGAGAUUGUUCAGCGAUUACAAAUUAAGAAGCACAUAGUUGGAAUGACCGGUGAUGGAGUUAAUGAAGCACCUGCCUUGAAGAAAGCAGACAUAGGAAUUGUUGUGGCAGAUGCCACAGAUGCUGCUCGUAGUGCGUUUGAUAUAGUACUAACACAGCCUGGAUUGAGUGUUAUUAUUAGUGCUGUUCUGACAAGCCGUGCAAUCUUUCAAAGAAUGAAGAACUACACAAUUAAGUUGCAUUUGAGGUGUUGUCAAUUGUGUUGUCAAUUAAAAGAGUUGGUGUAUGAAAAGCAAUUGUAUAGGCAAGAAAUGGAUGACUUGAUGAAGCAAGAUGAGCUAGAAGUUGAAAGAAACCCAAUUUGCCGUCGCAAAAUAGGCGUCGCAAAAGCAAUUCUUUUUAGUAGUGACCUCACCAACCCAGUGAUCAAAGUCAAUCCAGCGGUUAACGUUAACCGUGCACUAUUCAACACAUUGCCCAACCCCGGCGGGGAACCACAGGCCAGUUCCCAGGUCCCACCAACCCAACCUACAGCGGAGGCUCAGCCGAGCGGCAGCCGUCCUCCGGUACAGGACCUCUCCGCUAUGUAUGAACUGGCAUUAGCGAACCUUUACAAGGCAAAUCGAGAGAGCGAGCAGGAGCGCAGAGAAAAGGCUGAGGUACAAAAGCAGGUGGCCACGCUGAUGUCAAAGUUUGAUGAGCUGAAGAGGGCGCUAGAAGCAAAUGCCAACCCAACGCAAAGCGAACAAUCGCGGAGCACCAGGGUCAACCCAACACCGGCGGAUUGGUACCCGGACCAAUCAUACAGAUGCAGGCAGAAUUCAUUACAUAUAGAGAAGCCCCCAACCACCACCAACGCCUGCAAAGCCCACCCAACCCUCCACCAACCAUCAAGAAACCAUUAG